CUUGGAAAAUUUGAGGUGAGGGUGGAUGGCCAACGGCACGAAUUUCCGCGUUGUGCCCGGGGGAGACGAGAGCAGUGAGAGCGACGACGAUGGCUGGGGUAUCGGGUUCAUGUCCCAGGCCCAGUGUUCAGAUGAAAUCUUGCACACUCAGGAUAAAAAUGAAGUUUUCAAAAAAGCAUUAACUGCUGGAAACUUGCCUGUCAUUGAGGAACUCUUAAAUACAGGCAUAAAUGUAGAAUCUAGCCUUAAGUUUGGAUGGACUCCCCUCAUGUAUGCAGCUAGUGUUGCAAAUGUGGAACUUAUGUAUCUCCUUCUAAGCAGAGGUGCAAAUGCAAGCUUUGAGAAGGAUGAUUAUUCAGUAUUGAUGGCUGCAUGUACUGCAUCUGGUUCAGAAGAACAGAUUUUAAAGAGUGUAGAAUUACUGCUUUCAAGAAAUGCAGAUCCUAAAGCUGCAUGCAAGAAGAAAAUGACUCCAUUAAUGUAUGCAGCCCGAGAAGGCCAUUCUCAAGUUGUUGCUCUCCUUGUUGUUCAUGGAUCACAAGUAAAUGCCCAAGAUAAAGGCGGUUACACUGCAUUAACAUGGGCAGCAUGCCACGGUCAUAAGAAAGUAGUAUUCAAGCUGCUUGAACUUGGAGCUGAUAAGUCAAUACAGACAAAAGAUGGGCAGACCCCAGGAGAGAUUGCAAAGAAGAACAGGCAUUUAGAGCUUUUCAGUUUACUUUCUUUGACGGCAAAUCCUUUCCAAAGAAAAUUCCAGAACCUGAGUAAAGAAGAGCCUAUUCAUAGAUUUAUGACUGGAGUUCCAGAUGCCCUUAAAAGCCAUAAAAGCAGUUCCUAUGCAGCUUUUAGUGACAUGGAAGUCUUUCUACAUGGUCUUGAACUUGAACACAUAACAGAAUUACUGAAGGAGAAAGAAAUACCUUUAAGACAGCUUUUGACAAUGGGAAAAGAAGACUUAAUACAGAUUGGCAUCAACGAUACUAGAGAUCAACAAAAAAUUUUAGAUGCUGUUAAAGAACUACAUAUAGAAGAAGUAAAGUUGGAAGAGCUGUCUGCAGUGACAAACUUGGAAUUCAGUGGUGAUGAAUUUCUUUCCUUUCUUAUGAAACUAAAAAGACAAUGCAUUCAACUUAAAACUUCUGUGCAGAAUGUUAUUAGUCAGUUUCCUACAGAUGCUCAUAAGUUGGUUCUUGAAUGGAGUCCACCCCAUAGUCUUGCUACAAUGUGUGAAGACCUAAUUUUGAGUGCUGAAGAUCUGACCGCAGAGGCUGUAAAACUAAAAAUGCUCAUGAAUAAGCUCCAAGAUGGGCAGAAUGAUGAUCCUUGCCGAAUGCAACCUUUGGAAUAUGGCAGAUGGAAGACAACUUUUUUUAAAAUAGCAGUACUAACUGUGGUUGGGUCUGGAUGUGUUUUCUUUAUUUUUAAGUUAUCUCUAAAGAAAAAUUGAAUUAAAAUUAGAUUUUAUGUAUAGCUGAUAAAGCUAGAUAAUGCUCAGGUUUUAAUUUUAAAAGGUAUAUUGAUUUUCACCAUUUCUAAAUUAAGGGUACAACUCACCAACAGAUUAUGCUAUUGAAGUUGAUCUAUUUUUGCUACCAGUAGUGUGAUGUUUCAAGUUUUUUUGCAAAAUAUAAGGGUGGGGAUAGGUAUUGGCAGCAAAAUGCUUCCACUUCCAUUUGUAUAACCUUUGUCAUGCACAAAUAGACUCCAGAUACAAAGUCACUUAGCUGACUUUUGCUGUGUUUGCUAUCAUAUUCUGACAACUUGAUUUGGGGUUAUAGUAGAAAGAGGAGCAAUUUGCCUUUCACUGUUAAAAUUUGAAAAAGGGUGUGUUUGUGAGGGCUCUGCUGUAAAUUGGCAGUGUCCCUCAGAAUAGUCAUGAAGUUGUUAUAACCUCUACCUUCAUAUAGUAUUCACCACUAGAAUAAAUCUCAACUUUUAGAUUUUCAAAUUUUAAAUCCAUAUGAAUAUAUGUAUUUGUUUCAAAUACAUAUUGAUUUGCAUAUAACAUAACUGAGUAAGCACUAUUUUUAUUCAUUAGUUUAUGCCUCCAAGUAAUUCCUAUAUUGCCAAUAGAAUGUUUUAUUAACUGUAUCUUUUAUUUCUCUAUAUAUGUCAUCAUUAGAUGUAUUUUUUUGCAUAUUUCAAACAGACAGGAAGCUUAUUCUCUCAUACAAACAUAUUUGACUGUUAUUAAUGAUUUCUUCAUGGAUUCUGCCUGUGGAAGUUGUCUUAUUUUAAGAAAACUGGGUAGAAGAAAGAUGUGACUCAAAACCAACAAAUAAAGUAAACCUUGAUCUUGUUUGUGUUUUUUUGCAAUGGCCACAAGUUUGCUUAGUUUGUCUUCCGAUAUUGCUACAAGAAGUUAAUAUUCUAAAAUGUUACUUUUAUCUAGAUUUGCUUACUUCCUGAUCUGAGUUUUAUUUUUAAAAGCAAGAUCAAAAUAACUCAACAAAAUUACGUUAUGAUUAUAGCAAUAUAAUUGCUUAAUAUGUAAAACGACCCCAAAUUAUUAACUCAUGAAAAACAGCUUUGGUUCAUGUACUUUACGAAGCUGUCAUUGUUUAAUUUUAUGCCAUGCCAUAAACAAACCACAAUGGUAAGGUGGUAUAGUUUGAAUUAACAUUGAACACUGAUUCCAAUCUGUGUAGAUUUCCCAAAUGCUCGGUUUAUUUUUCACAUUCGCUAUAUAUUUUAUGCAGUGCAAGUAACUGAGAUCAAUAACCAAAUAAGUUAUGAUGGAAAGGACUUUGUUAGUCCUUUCCAUGUUAGUCCAUGGCCUACAUAUGAGAGAAUCUCUGUGAGGGGUUGUCACAUGUAUAUUUCUGGUUCUGUUAAAACAUUACUAUUGGGGUCUACAUUAUUAUGUAUCACAAAUUGUUACUGAAAUUCUCAAGAAUUAAAAACUGAAAAAAGAUUAGACAUUCCAUGAACUCCCUUAAGUUUUAUGACUUAUAAUGAUACUAAGUGCAUUUUAAAAUCAGGUAUGACUUAACAAAUGGGCAACAUGGUACCAUUAAGAAAUUAAGUACCUUCAGCAUGGUUAAGUCAUACCAGUCAAAAGCCUGUUUGCUUAGACAAGAAAUGGCUAACCUUUUUGCCAUCACGUGCCAGGAGGGGGGGGUUGUGCACAUGAGUGCCCAUCCCCGUGCAUGCGUGUGCGACACCCCCCCCUGCUCCUGGCACACAAUGGCCCAGUAGGCCCACUUUUCUCUCUCACCUGGCUCCAGAACCUUUCUAGGAGUCUGGGUGUGUGUGAAAAUGGCCUUCCCCACCCGCUGGUGGUCCUCCGGAGGCCAUUUUCCAACUUCCAGUGGGACCACAAGGGCUGUUUUUUGCUGUCCCCAGACUCCAGGGCCCCUCUAGGAAUCUGGGGAGGGCAAAAACGGCCUUCUCCACCCCUUCAGAUGUUCUCCGGAUGCCAGAAAGAGCCUGUUUGCCAACUUCCGGUGGGAUUGGAAGUUGGCAGACAGGCUGUUUUCAACCUCAGCGAGCUGAACUUGCGUGCCCACUGAUACGGCUACACGUGCCACAGGUUUGCCAUCACAGCCUUAGACUAUAUUAAUGAAUUAGAAUGGCCAAGUUGAAGUCAAUAUCCAUAAAAUGCCAUUUAAGCAACAUUAUUUCAUUUUAAAACAGAUAAAUAUUGGUGUUGUGAAAGCUGAGCCGCUCCGGCCAUUGCCUGCAAUAAGUGUGGCUGCUUUUGCAACCAAUUGCAGCCACAAAAGGAACCUGAAGCCAAGCGAUGCACCUCACAUGCCUCAUGCCCUCCUUAUCUAACAGUGAGUCACAGCAGGCAAUUCCGUCCAUGAAAUAGCUGUGUCCAUGGCAGCCUGAGUGGGUGCAGGAACCUAAGUGUGGGUGUCACUCAGGCUGCUGCCUCCAGUAAUCAAUCCUUGCAAUUUUCCUGAUCAGAUUCUUUUGGAGAAUUUUGAAGACAAUUGUUUUGGAAAGCUUUCUCUUAAUGUUUCUGUGUUUGUUUAUUUGUACUUUAUGUUGUAUUUUUAAAUUAUUUUUGUAGUUGUUUAUUUAUGCUUAGAUGUUUUAUGUAAACUACUGAACAUUUCAUGUGUAGAAAUAUUAAUAUUUCUAUAAUUAAUAAAACAAGCAUAAGAAAUGGUGCUCAUUAUGGUAUAUAAAAAGGUAUGUGAAUUCAGCUGACUCUAUUUAAUGCAUGGCAUAUUCAAGCAAUACAUAUGCAGGUUCUAAGGCUAUCCAUUGUUCCCAAAUAAGUUCUGGAUGGGUAAUGUGUUUUAUAGCAAAACCAAUUUUCAUGUGCCUGAGAUUGGGAAUUGCGUAAAUUGCAAAACCAAUUGAGCAUCUAAGUUACGAAAAAAAAUUACACGGUGUAAAAGAAUGCCACUCUACCCAAUAAUAAUCUCGCCUCUUUUUGCUCAGAGGGAAGGUUCUUUAUUUGAACAUUGAUUGGACAUAGAACUUAUGUACUUCAUGUCGAUCUUUUUGUGUAGUAUAGUAAUGUUUUUUUUCUCCUAGAAUUUGAUACACUGGCCAAAUUGGCAAACCUAAUUUUCAUAGCAUGUGAUGUUCUUAGCUGUUGUAGAUGUUUGACACCAUUAUGAUUAUAAAUGUUUCAGGCAUUAUUAUUCUGUGCCUUAAUAAAAUGGAUGUGCAAAAAACUGGAAAGGGGUAAAAUGUGAAAAAGGAACAAGAGUGACUGGAAUCAAAAAUCACAUAUUUGUUUUUCGAUCCAAGUAAUUCCUGGUUAUUGUGUUGAAGCCUUCUGUUACUCUUUUACUUGUACAUAAAAAACUGUUUUUUAUUUAUUUUGUCAAUAAAGUUGAACUUAAGCUUUGAGUAGAAAGCCAGUUGUG